CGUUCCCGCUGAACACGUGACGUUACGUCAUCGCAGUAAGGCGGAAGAGCCAGGACCGAACGAGGAACAAGGACGCGGCGGAAGCAGCGAAGGGAGCAGCCGAGGGGACAAGAAGUCCUGACGUCCUGCAGCCAAGACCAGUCACCACAGCUGCGAUGGAUCGAGUGAGAUCUGCGUUCAACAACCUGACUCAAAGCGAGCGGUACAGCCGGUUCACCCUGCAGCCGGCCGAGGACGGCGAGCGACACGUCGAGGUGAAACUGUCCGACGAUGACGCCGCCACGCACGACGGCGAGGUCGAGGGCCGGGCCGGCGACUCGCCGACCUUUAGGCUGGCACCGCCGCAUCACAGCCGGCGGAACAUGUGCUACCUGGCCCUGGGAGGCCUGCUGGUGCUGGUCACAGGCUACCUGGUCGGUUACGUCAGCCACCGCAAAGCGGAGCCGGUGAACGCGUCAUUGGAGACGGAAAAUCCUCCUCCUCCUCCUCCGGAGGCGACAUUCCGGCCUUUCGCGCCACCAGCUCCGGAAUUGCCGCUGUCAUGGAUGGACAUCACCCAACUCCUCACGCAGAAGCUCACGAGGCAGGCCUUCGACGAGACCCUGAGGGGCUUUGAUCGGCCCGGACGUUCGGCAGGAAGUGCGGAAGAUGUGGAUCUGGCAACACGUGUCUAUGAGGAAUUCAAGAAGCUGGAAAUGGAUCCAUGGUCGGACAACCACUACGUUCAGCUGCAGAAGCCAGACAGUAACCGUCCCAACCGAGUCUUGUUUGGGUCGGACGUCUUCGAGCCUGCGGGUUAUCUGGCCUACAGCGCUCCUGGGAAAGUUCAGGGAAAGCUGGUGUACGGCAACUACGGUCGUCGGGAGGACCUGGAGGUUCUGCAGACGAAGAACGUGGAGCUGAGAGACAGCGUGCUGCUGCUGCGGAGCGGGAAGAUCACCUUUGCAGAGCAGGUGGAUAACGCCGAAGCCAAAGGCGCCUCCGCUGUUCUAAUCUACCCCGACGUUCAAGAUUACAAAUACGAUGGGGACACGGCGCUGUACGGACACGUCCAUCUGGGCUCAGGUGACCCUUACACGCCCGGGUUCCCGUCCUUCAACCACACCCAAUUCCCCCCUGCUCAGUCGUCUGGCCUCCCCAAGAUCCCGGCACAGACGAUCACCGCCAACAUGGCUUCUGCUCUUCUACAGAAAAUCGGCGGCCCCGAAUCGGAUGCGGGCAGCGGCUUCAGAGGCGGCUUCGCCUCGGCGUCUUACAGACUGGGAGGCGUCGAGGAAGUCACCGUCGAGGUGAACAACUCGCUGGUCAACACCAAGAUCCGCAACGUGUUCGGAGUCAUCAAAGGAGUCACCGAUCCCGAUCGCUACGUGGUCCUGGGAGCUCAGAGAGACGCCUGGGGCAGAGGUUACGCCAGAGCCACGGUGGGCACCUCCGUGCUGGUGGAGCUGGCGAGGGCUGUCAGCGACAUGGUGAAGGAAGAUCGAUUCAGGCCAAAGAGAAGCCUGGUGUUUGCGAGCUGGAGUGCUGGCGAGUACGGAAACAUCGGCGCCACCGAGUGGUUGGAGGGUUACAUGUCCUCUAUUGACAAAAGCGUUUUCACCUACAUCAGUCUGGACGGUUUGGUUAUGGGUCGAGGAAGCUUGAUGGUCUCAGCCAGUCCGCUGCUCUACAGCCUCGUCGAGACCACAAUGAAGAAGGUGAAGAGUCCGCUGGGCUCCGGCACUGUGUACGACAUGGUGGGAGAGAGCAACUGGGAGGCCAACGUACUGAAGCCGAUGACGAUGGACGACCCCGCCUACACCUUCGUGGCCUUCUCUGGAAUACCUUCCGUGUCUUUCCACUUCAUCUCCCCCAAUACCGAGUCCUACGCCUACUACGGCACCAACCUGGACAACGUGGACCACCUCAACUACCAGACCAACCACCGCACCGGCGAGAUGACGGCGGCGGCGGCGCAGUUCGCCGGCCUGAUGGCCCUGCAGCUGGCCCACGACCACCUCCUCGCUCUGGACGUGAGCCGGUACAGCCGCGUGCUCAAAACCGCUUUGAAAAGGGUCUCCGGGCGCAUCAGCCUGCUCUUACAGUCCGGCCAGCUGAAGGGCGUGAGUCGCACAUGGCUGAGCGACGCACAAGGCUCCUUCAACCGGGCGGCGGGCAGCAUCAGCACGACCAUCCGCAACAGCGACUUGGAUAACCAGAAGACCUGCCGCAAAAUCAACGACCAGCUCAUGAGGGUGGAGCACAACCUCCUGUCUCCGUACGUGUCGCCCGUCGACGCCCCCUUCCGCCACCUGCUGCUGGGCCGCGGCGCCCACACGCUGGCGUCCAUCGCCGAGACGGCCGACAUGGAGCAGCUCCGCGUCCAGCUGGCCCUGGCCACCUGGACCCUGAAGGGCUGCGCUCACGCCAUGGUGGGAGACAUCUGGGACAUCCAAGACCAGAUCUAACGAGGGAGGGGGGGUGUGCAGAGGUCUUCGUGUGUGUGUGUGUGGUAAACUUUCAGGUACGUUGUAGAGCAGACGCAGGAAGUCCAGCAUUUAAGCACAAGCUGUCGAUCGGAGACAUUUAGAUACAGGAUUAUAUAGAAUAGUUUGUUUUUUUUGCGGGAACAGACUCUGUGUCCCACAAAGAUCCUGCAGAAGUAUCAUCUAAAAAAAUGGCAAACCUGCACAAAAUACCUUAAGAGAUUUUAUACCUCCGCCUCCUGGCUCCACCCGAUCACAUUGCACCUGCUGUACACGAGCGUUUGCUGUGACCUCAAAACACUGAGAAACCUUUAAUUUAUAUCAGUUUUUAUAUUUAUCAGUGGCAGUGCCCACUAUAAAGUUAUCAUUUGUCUUUUUUAUACGACGUUAUCGGAAGCAGUGCCUUCCAUAAUUAUGACGGUUAUACCGUCUGAUUCUAUACGGCAGCAUCUGCUACACAAACGACUCCUUAACUGUUGCUGACAAAAUGGAGCCCACCCCGGGCAAAGUUUUGACUUUUUCUCCUCCGGCCUUCGUUUCUUCCUUUUUACUUGUGGAGAUUGAUGUCGCCACCAUUUAUAUAGUAAGUUUUAUUAUUAAAUGGGCUACGUGGAGCGUCUCUCUGUCAUCAAAACGAUUAUUUAAAAAAAAAAAACCUUUAAACUUUAAAACAGAAAAUUAAGGGCAGAAAUCAAGAGUUUUUCCUGAUUUAGCUUCAGGCGCUGUUUUUGAUUUGUACGCCCACAGACUAAACUCGCAGCAGAAGGAAAACUUUGCUCGAGCUUUUCUGCGCUUGAUGACGGGAUGAAUGCUAAGUUUGAAAGAAUGGAGAAUCAAAAAAGAGAAUACACCAAAUGUAUCAGACGAUCUGAGCUGAUUGGUUGGAUAAUUUGCAAGAAAGCCAUUUAUGUUGCACAGACUAAUAUGGCGACAUUAUCGGGAGCAGUGCCUUCCAUAAUUUAAACCCAUUAUCGGAAGCAGGGUCUUCCAUAAUGACAAGCAGUGAUGGUAGUUUUUGUCUACCAGUGUGUGUGUGUUUUACAGUAUGCGUGUAUUUAUCGGGAGCAGCGUCUCUCAUAUUUCACUUGAAGGGUGGAACAACUUGUCGGGGACAGUGUUUCCCAGAGUUUUAUACUUUAAAUAUUUAUUGUUUUGUGUCUUUAUUUCUGGAUUUUGUGCGUGUGUGUGUGUGUGUGUGUGUGUGUGUGUGUGUGUAGGAAGACGCAGUGUGUACUUCAGAUUUCCUCUGUUUUGCUUGUGCUCAACUUUCUGAUCCGUAGUUCCGUAGUAAUCCCCACUUUCGACGGGAUUGAGUUUACAGAGAGACCUGGUUAAUAUUCUCUUUGUUCCUCUGUAAUGUAACUGAUGGAAAUUACAGAAUGUGGUCUGUAAGGUAAAAGCCUCCACAGGGGGGCGCAGGAGAGACAGCAGAAUAUCAUAGCAUAUAAUAUAUUAUCGUAUUAUAGUUAAUACCGAACCCUGUUCUACAUAUAAACUCCUACAGUACAGUUACUAUCACAACUGUCUCUGCAUGUGUUUCUACGUCACGCUUCCGCUUCACUGGUGUGUUACUGUAUUUCUUCAGAGGUGUAGAGCUCAAUGGACCUGGACCAUAUUACAAACAUUUUAAACCUUUCACAUUAACGUCGAUACGAUCAAUAUGUUCUGCUUCCGCUGAUACAAACUGAACAAUGUUUUGCGUUUGCAUUGUGUAUUAUUUGACCAUUUUCUUCCUACAUAGGUAAGGUAAUCUGCGUUUACCAUAGAAUUAGAUACAAUACAAUAUAAAACCUAUCACUGAUAUUGAAAAAAGGGAAUUGUUGCCCAUUCAUUUCAAAAUAAAUCCUAAUAAAAAUGUAGCUUUGGGUACCUGGGUCCACUUGAUAACAAACAUUAAAAUGGUUAAAUCCUACUUUAAACUAAAAACUUAUUUUUGGUAAUUCAAUGUACACUUAACUAACAAAAUGUCCAGCUUCAUUUUUCAGAUACAGAUUUAGUUUUUUUCCCUCAUGUCAGUUCUGUUGAGCAUGUUACUGUUUCACUUCCAUACAUCUGUUACGAGUCAGAAAGAAAAUGUUUGAAUGCCGAGGUGGAAAUUGAUUAUUGAAACAAUAUUCCUGUGAUUUCGAUUUCCAGCAGAGACCAAUAAUAAAUCCUCUUGUCUUAGCA